AUGACUCUCUCCACUAUCCUGGCUAUGUUUAUGCUACGUCGAAAACGAAGGCCUUUCCCUCCUGGACCACGUGGACUGCCAAUCUUAGGGAACAUUCAGGAUUUUACGUGCGGAUUUGAAUGGAUCCGCUUCGGCACGUCCAUGAAACACCAUUUUGGAGAUGUCCUGGGCUUUCGUAUUUUGCGCAACACAAUUGUGGUGCUGAACAGUGCCAAAGCAGCCAGGGAUCUUCUGGACAAGCGAGGCCACCUCUACUCCAGUCGACCUGUACUAACCGUAGUUGGAGAGCUGAUGGGGCUUGACCGGUCGAUGCCGCUGCUGCCAUAUGGCUCUGAAUGGAGGAAGUGCCGUAAACUGGAACAUAUUGCGCUCAACGCGACGGCAGUGAAGCAGUAUCGUCCUAUGUUAGAACACUUUUCAGCCAUGCUCGCUCUCGAUAUUCUCGGGGAUCCCGACAAUUUCUAUGAGCUGACUCGGUUAUGUGCUUCCAGGAUCAUCCUCUCUGUGACAUAUGGUCUUUCAGCGCGUGUCACAGACUCUGAGUACAUUACGCUCGCUGAGGACACCAUGCGGAUCGUGACCUCGUCUAUUCGCCCAGGCGCAUAUCUAUGUGACCUGAUUCCAAUUAUGAAGUACUUACCAGGUUGGGUUCCUUUCCAGCGUGAAGCGCGGCAUGGUCGAAACAUGAUAGAACGAUUUGUGUACACGCCCUUCGAACGCGCAAAGGAAGCUAUAGCUAUGGGCAGCGCUGGGCCCUCCCUUACUCGCGAUCUUCUCACCAGCAUUCCGGCAGACUCGCUGACCACGGAGAUAGAAGAGCGUAUCAAGUGGACAACAGGUGCGCUCUUGAUCAUGACCACAGCUGGUGGAGAAUCGACGUUUGGCACUCUGGCGGUUUUUAUGAUAGCUAUGGCGGUCAAUCGCGACAAACAAAUUCGGGCACAAGAGGAGAUUGAUUCGGUGAUCGGUGCAGAACGACUCCCUAACAUCCCUGACAGAGGCCGCUUACCGUAUGUGGAUGCGCUCAUUCAAGAAGUCAUGCGUUGGCACCCCAUUCUUCCUCUCAGUAUCACACGCCGGGCGGACGCCGAAGAUGAAUAUGAGGGUUACGUUAUUCCCAAGGAUACAAUCGUGUCCCCAAAUCUUUGGGCUAUUGCAAUGGAACCGAACCCAAAGUACCCACCCGAACAAUUCAUUCCAGAACGCUUCCUAGACAAAGAGUAUCCCACACCCAAUCCCACCACGUGGGCAUUUGGGUUUGGAAGAAGGAUCUGUCCGGGGAAGACACUCGCGGAAGAAUCAGUUUUCGUUCUGAUAUCCACUUUACUUGCGACGCUCGACAUCCAGGCACCACCUGAAGGCCUUGUUCCGAAAUUCGAAUCUCGUGCUGUUUGCCUUCCUAAACGUUUUAACUGCGUGUUUAAGGCGCGCUCGCUCGACAAGUUUGAGUUGCUCCGCGGCGCUGCCGCCCUGUAG